GUGUCGGCCGUCAUGGCGGACGCGGAGCCGGAGGCUGAGGAUGGCAGUGAGGAUGGCGGCGGCGGCGGCCGGGCUCCCCCCGGCCAGAGCGGUAGAGCCGCGCGCGUGGCCCCGUUGGGCCCCGAGCAGCUGCGGCGGGUCCUGGAGCAGGUGACGAAGGCGCAGCCGCCCGCGGAGCCGCCGCCGCCACCCUUCGUGCUGCAGGACGCGGCGCGGCGGCUGCGGGACGCGGCCCAGCAGGCCGCCCAGCAGCGCUGCCCCGGCGCCGAGCCCGCGCGCCCGCCGCGCCUGCUGCCGCCGCAGCAACUGGAAGCCAUUUGUGUCAAGGUAACAUCUGGAGAAACGAAAGGUCAGGAAAAGCCGAUGCCCGCACUGGCCGCCAUCCAGCCCAAGACGGCCAGACCGGGUCAGCUGCCCGGGAGGCACUGCAGCGUGCUGGGGCUCGGCGUCGCCAGCUCACAGCUGCUCAGGGCACAGCCCCUCCUGAGCGCCGGGCCACAGCCACGUCUCCUGAGCCACUCACCUCAGCCUCCCGUUCAGGUGUUCGUCCAGAGGCCACUGCCCGCCCUCCGACCAGUCCCUGCGAAGAGAGUCUUGGCCCCCGAGGCUCCGAGUGGACAGGGCACCAUGUCAGCCCCUCCGUUAGCCUCUGACCCGCCAGCAGUAGCAUCUGUUUCAUCCAGUUCAGCACAUUUCUUUAUUUCCAACUCUCAUACAAAACACACUGAGAAACUAAAAAAAUCUUUAAAAGUGAAAACACGUUCAGGACGGAUAUCUCGACCUCCCAAGCAUAAAGCUAAAGAUUACAAAUUCAUAAAAACAGAGGACUUGGCCGACGGUCACCCGUCAGACUCUGAUGAUUACUCGGAACUGAGCGUGGAAGAGGAUGAAGACCGCUGGGGAAAGCAGGCGCUCUUCCACUUACCGAGCUGUUCCCUGAGGCCCAAAAUGUUUAAGUGUCAGACAUGUGAGAAGUCAUACAUAGGGAAGGGGGGGCUGGCCCGGCACUUUAAAUUGAACCCGGGCCACGGCCACCUGGAGCCGGAGACGGUGCUGUCUGAGAAAGCGGACGGGAGUGUGAUCCCAGGCCCCACGGAGGGCACGACUGCCAGCCUGGCGUCCCCGGAGCUGUCCUCGCCAGCUCUUCUGAGUGAGGAAGGGGCCCGGUCAGCACGGGGUGCCCUGCAGAAUGGUCAGUCUGUAGAAGUUGAAGAGGCGCUGAUGUCUGAACCAAAAAAUGGAAGUUUUUCAGCCCUUUUGGGAUCAGAGAGACACCCCAGACCUAGAAGAAGCAGCUACUCUGCGGCCCCUGCAGAGCCCAGCACGGCGGUCCUGGAGCGGAACGGAGCAAUUCGCCCGCGGGCGGGCGUUGGGGCAGCGCGAGCGCAGGGCCCAGCGGCGAGCAGAGCCAGGCUCCUGGAGUUUCUCCACCAGUGUGACCGGGAGGAUCUAGUGGAGUUGGCUCUGCCAGCGCUGGCUCAGGUCGUGACCGUGUAUGAAUUUCUCCUGAUGAAGGUUGAAAAAGGUCAUCUGUCCAAACCUUUCUUCCCGGCUGUGUACAAGGAAUUUGAAGAGUUGCAUAACAUGGUUAAGAAAAUGUGUCAAGAUUACCUCAGUAGUUCUGGUCCCUGUUCUCAGGAGCCCCUGGAAAUAAACGACACUAAGGUUGCCGAGUCCUUAGGAAUCACAGAAGAAUUCCUGAGGAAAAAGGAAAUACACAUGGACCGCAUUCCCCCCAGACGCACCAGUCGAGAGGAGGGCCGGGAGGAGCUGGAGGAAGCUGGCCUACAGAAGAGGGAGAAUGAGACUGCAGAGGACAGGCUGGCUUCAGUGAAAAGGACCAGGAGAGAAACUGUGCCCCAGGACACCACUGAGUGUUCUGCCAACAGCGGAGGCCUGCAGAGGCCGGGCUCGUGUGCCCCAGCUGCCAGUGCGGGUUUUGCCCCUGGAGUAAACGGGGGCCCCCCUCACCCCCCUGAAGAAAGUCCCGUGAUGCUGGCUGCUGAGCACGACAGAAGCAUAGCACAGGCGGGCCAGCAGCUGAGAGCGUUUGCUGACUUGGCCGCCAGGAGUGGGUCUGCAGGCCCUGUUCUCUUAUAUCCGGAAGCCCGUGGGCUGGGGCUGUCUACUCAGCUAGGAGAACCCGGGUCGCCAGCCCAGGACCAGGUGGCAGCGUUCCCUGCGGAGAAGGCCCAGGAACACUCGUCACAACAGGAUAUUGGGGAUGGCCUGGGGAACUGGGCUCCCUGCAGCACCUCGACAGCCCUGCUGCCUGGCGGGCCUGGAAAUGCAGAGGCAGGAAUCCCCUGCGAUGUGCGAGACUCCCACCUGAGAGGCUCGCAGUCCAGCUCCGGCGAGGUCCUGCUUCCAGAGGCCACGGCCCCUCCACCCGAGAAAGCGUGGUCCGUGGACAUCGUGCCAGCUGACUGUGCCUAUGGCACCGUGUCCGAGCCUGGGCCUCAGCCCAGCCGGGGCGGUUCGCUGUGUCCUGAAGGGGGCCUUGCAGGCCACGUGGGGGACUCAGACCAGUUGCCCUGCGGGACCGAGAUGCACACUGACCAGAGGGAGCUGGAGGGCCUCGUUGCCAUUGGGGAAGCCGUGGCUUUUGAGAUGACCAGCGGGUGCCCUGCGCUGCUGUCUCAGGGACAGGAGCGGAUAUUCAUCCAGACUUCCGAUGGGCUUAUCUUGUCCCACCCAGUGUCUGGGGAGGGGGACAUCGUCAUAGUGACUGGUGCAGAGGGGCCUGCCCUGCAGCUUGGCCCCCCGGAAGGGGUUCCUCUGGAAGCUUUGGAGACAGAGCCCUCUCAGUGAAAUGGAGUCAGAACCACAGUCCUAGAUGUGUACGUAUUUUAUCCAGAGAAGGUCUAUUUCAAGGAAUGUAUAUUUUUCUAAUGUGAAUACUGACACAAAUGAACAUUUUAUUUAUAAAGAAUCAUGUCUUUCUACCCCACUGUUCACCUUUUUCUACAUCUUGCUCAUUGUAAUCAUGGCAGACAUGUUACCUGGUGAUGAAUUCCUGAUACGUCUGACUCCGAGCUCCGACAGUUCCUGCAGGCCGCACCGCUGCUCUGUUUCCUGUCUCCCUGCUCCCCAGUCCCAAAACACCGUGUACCCUUUCUCCUUGGUGACGUGCUGCUUUUCACCAGACUUGUCCAUACUAGAAGCUUCUUUUGGGUUUAAUAAAAA